GAUUUCGUAUAUUAGUCAUAGCAACAGUAGUAUAAACAGAUUCCUCGAGUAUCAAUCUCAAUGGCACCAUAAUAUAGACCUAGUUCGUGCAAAAGCGAACCUCCGUGAAGACUUGCGAGCGGCAGCAAGAAGUGACAGAGCGUGAGCGGUGGCCGCAUGCGUAUGAGAAUCCUCCCGCACUCCCGGACGCAGCGGGCGGCAGUGGCGCUGCGGCGAAGUGGCGACGCGAACGUCUGCGUUAAAGUCUGCGUCAGAUCGCCUCUGCCUGCACCAUGCGAGCCGCAGCUCUGAUUCCGCUGGCAGCCUUACUGGCGCUGGCUUCUGCGCGCUCUGAUCACGAUUUUGAGUUCGACGAUACCCCGGAGGCGGAGUCACGGCGGCCGCGUCGUUACAUCUACGAUCCGCACAGCGAAGUGUGCAGAUCGCUGGUGUGCAAGAAGCGCGAGGUUUGUCUGCUGCGUGACUCGUAUACUGCCUUCUGCGCCAAUAAGAAGGAUGUCCUGCGUCGCGGAGACGUCAUAGUGUCGGCGGUGGGCACGGGCAGCGGGCCCGACGAUGAGGACGUGUUCUACGAGUCGCGAGCUCUGCCCGACCAGCCCGAAGUGGUCGACUUUCCGGUACCUUCUGUCAAAAACGAAAGGUGCGUUGGCUGCUCGGGCGUCUCUCGCGGAGGCUUCCUAUGCGGCUCCGACAACCGCACGUACUCCUCGCUCUGUCGACUCGACCUACACAACUGCGUGCACCGUCCGCGCCCUUCUGUACGCCUCGCUUGCGCCGGCUUCUGUCCGUGCCCUCACCGCAGCAGCGAUGAGACAGCGCGUAUCCCCGUUCCGCGCCCGCAUCGCACGCGUACACGCUCCGACGAGCAGGAGCGGCGUCGGAGACGGCUCGAGGUGCGUACCAACGAGGUGAUGUUGCCGCGACGUCGACCCUCUGCACCUCCGCAGACUUGCGCGCUCGACAAGAUGGCCGACCGUCUUCUCGACUGGUUUUCCGUCCUGAUGGAACAGGCGGGUGCGACGCCGCCGCCGCCGCGAGGUUUCGGCGCCGACUGCAAGCCUGAAGUGCGCUGGAUGUUCCGUCAUCUCGACUCUGCUGGCGACGGCCUAUUACAACCUGACGAUCUAUAUGCGCUGAGUCACGAUGAGCGCGAGCGAUGUCUACGUCCCUUUCUGGCGCGUUGCGGCCUCGGCGCGGGCGGAAUCGGUCGAGCGGCGUGGUGCGGCUGCCUGCGAGGCGCGUCGAGGCCCUGUGCUGCGUGGGCGAGAGCCGCCCGCGGCCGGGGCAGAGGCGCCUACGUGCCGGCCUGCGACGCCAGAGGCUUCUACCGCCCGCGCCAAUGCCACGCCGCGCUAGCCGUCUGCUGGUGCGUGGACGCGCACGGCCAGGAACUGCCCGGCUCGAGAACCAAAGGCGCGCCGUCGUGUCCAGGUGAAGUCGAGGAAAGUGAUGAGGGCGCCGAAGGAGCACCGGCAGACGACGAGGACGAGGGCGGUAGCGGCGAUCGAGAGCCCGACUUGCGUGACUGAGCGGACGAUAUAAUUCUUAAUCGGUCGUUAACAGCGAAUUAAGGUGUUUAAUUAUUUUUUAGAGAAUAAGUAAUCUAUUUUUAGGCGAUACGGCAGUUUGUAAACUCAAACUCAAAAUAUCUUUAUUCAAGUGGGUAACCAAGUACACUUUUGAAUCGUUAAGUUAAAUUAAUCGUAACUUUACAUUUACUACCAGUUCGCAAGUCAAGGGCGUAGAGCGGGUAAGAAGAACUGGCAAGAAACUUUCCGCCACUCUUUUUAAUCGCCAAGUAUUGUCAUACAAAUUGUUUGUAAGAGUUGAUCUUGCCCAACCGACAAUUCAUCAUAGUGUCUUCUUAAAACCCCACUAUAGGUAUUUACUUAUAACCCGAUCUAGCUAAAUAAACAACACAUUUGGGUUAUUAGGUAAUUAAAUUGUUAUUAAAAAAAACUCUUAAAUGUAAAGUAUGUGCCUACAGAAUACAACAGAACUAAGUCUUUAAAAUUAACCCAUAUAUAUAUUAUACAAUAAGGUACAAAUACCUAAUUUUUACAAAAAAAAGCCUAGUUCUUUCAAUUUACAUUUAUUAUAAUAAUUACUAUGAUAUUUGUUCAUUAAAGAAAAAUGUUAAAAUGUAAUUUUGAUGUUUGUUACCUUCCUACGAAGAGACCUAACUCCUAUAUAAUUUAAUUAUAUCAAAAAUAUUGUUCUUUUAAAGGACCUCAUGUCCUUUCAUUCUUCAUAUGAACUAAUUACUUUAGGUAUCUGCAAACUAAUAUUAAGUGGAUUGCCUCUUAAUAUUAUCUUUUGUUAUUAAUUAUAUUUGUAAUAAAAAUAAAUUCUGGCCUAAAUUACCUUAAAAAUUAAUUUAGAGAAAAGGUUUUUUUUUCAUUUAGAUAAAACUUAAUCAGUUUGUCUAAGAUAAAAUAAAAUAACAAUUUGGUUAUAUCAAGAGGUGUAGCUCUGAAUUAAAAUGUUUAUAUGAUAAGCAAUUGUAUAAUUUUUUAAUCAGUAAUUGGUUUUAUAUUAAGGUAAAUAAAUAAUUUAUGAAUUUAGAAAUUGUUAAAAAAACAAUAUUACAUCCAAUUUUUUUAUUAGUAGUUUUGUCAAAAUUAAUGCAUAAAGUUAAUUAAUUAUAAAAUGUAUUGUGUAUUAUCCUACAUUCCAUACAUUUGUUAGGAAAUCUAACAAAGCUUAAUCUUAUAUUCUGAUAGCAAUCUUAAGUUUAGCCACAAGAUUAAGGGUAGAUAUUAAAUGUAAAGAAUUUGGUUUCAUAUAAUUAUUUAAUAUUAAUUGAGCACUCUAGAAAAUCAAACUAAAAUAAAUAUAGGUAAUAAAAGUAACCCCUUUGGGACAAUGUAGUGAUAGGCAUAAUAAAGAGCCCCAUUUAGUGACACAAAGAAAAGGUUAUUUGCACUUUUUUAUUCUCACCAUUGUAAUGUUUUAAAAAUAAUUAAACAUGUAAUAAGUCCUAAGAGCUUUUUUUCUAAUUUGUUAAGUCUGCCUUUUUGUUUCAUUCCCUAUACAAAUUUUCUCCUGAACAUUUAUUGUUGUUACAUAAGUAACACAGCUGAUGCCUGCAUGCAUGUGCAGAAUGCAGGUUGUCUAUCGUAUCGUGAGUAAGGUUUAUCACACUAAUAAAACUAGCCAGAUUAUGAUCAUAAAAUAUCUUAAUGAUAAAAUAACUAAAGGGUUAAAUAACACAACAGUAGUACAUAUUUAAUAAGGUAUUUGUGGGUUAUAAUUUCGAGAUGUUUUCAAUUAAAAUUAUAAGAAAAGAAUAACUAUUACAUGACUUGCUAAUUGUACUUCACACUAAUUAUAUUUUUUAAAUCUUC